AAUAAUAUUACGUUGGGCUUCAGAGGUUAAAGGGGUCGAUGCCAGGACCAACGCUGGAGAUGGAGCCAGUAGAGCCACAGUCAUUGAAGAAGCUCAGUCUUAAAUCCCUAAAGCGCGCUCUCGAUCUCUUUAGCCCUAUCCAUGGCCAAUUCGCUGCUCCUGACGCCGAAAGCAAAAAGAUUCGUAUGAGCCACAAGAUAAAUGUUGAGUAUAGUCGAAUUAAAAGCGCGCCGGGUCAACCUUCGAGGCAAGCUAAUUCAGGUGCAGCUACUGCCGGGAAUCAAGGCUCGGCACCUUCGAAUGCCCUUGCUCUUACAGGUUCAUCAGAUUCUAGGGAUUCUCAAAAGCAAGGGACUCAAAAUGCUUUAGUUGUUGGUCCAACUUUGCAACCAAAGGGGCAAAAUGAUGUCGGUACUUCGGGCAAAAGCAUCGCCGUGGUUUCUGCUUCUGCACCCUUUUCUGAAAGGCUAACAACUUCUGCAAUAAUAGAAAGAAUCCCAAGCAAAUGGCCACGUCCAGUGUGGCAUCGUCCAUGGAAGAACUACAGGGUCAUCAGUGGGCAUUUGGGAUGGGUGAGAUCUGUGGCCUUUGAUCCGAGUAACAAUUGGUUUUGUACUGGUUCUGCAGAUCGUACAAUCAAGAUAUGGGAUGUAGCAAGUGGAAGGCUAAAGCUCACACUAACCGGACACAUUGAACAGAUACGAGGCCUCGCUGUCAGUAACAAACACACAUAUAUGUUCUCUGCUGGUGAUGAUAAGCAAGUUAAAUGCUGGGACCUUGAACAGAACAAGGUUAUUCGGUCUUAUCAUGGUCACCUAAGUGGUGUUUAUUGCUUGGCUCUUCAUCCUACUAUUGACAUUUUGCUAACUGGGGGACGUGAUUCUGUUUGCCGGGUAUGGGAUAUUCGCACCAAGAUGCAAAUAUUUGCAUUAUCCGGGCAUGAUAACACCGUUUGCUCAGUUUUUACUCGACCAACGGAUCCACAAGUUGUUACUGGCUCCCAUGAUUCAACCAUAAAAUUCUGGGACCUAAGAUACGGAAAAACGAUGUCAACUCUAACACACCAUAAGAAGUCUGUGCGAGCAAUGGCAUUACAUCCUAAAGAGGAUUGUUUUGCUUCCGCAUCAGCUGAUAACAUCAAGAAAUUCAAUCUUCCAAGGGGAGAAUUCUUACACAAUAUGCUCUCUCAGCAAAAAACUAUAAUUAAUACCAUGGCUGUCAAUGAGGAUGGUGUAUUGGCUACUGGAGGUGACAAUGGGAGUUUGUGGUUUUGGGAUUGGAAGAGUGGUCACAAUUUCGAGCAAGCCCAGACGAUUGUACAGCCUGGCUCAUUGGAGAGUGAAGCUGGUAUUUAUGCUCUCUGUUAUGAUGUAACUGGCACAAGAUUGGUUUCCUGUGAAGCAGACAAGACAAUUAAAAUGUGGAAAGAAGAUGAAACCGCAACUGAACAAACUCAUCCUCUCAACUUCAAACCACCCAAGGACAUCCGUCGGUUCUAGUCACAACCUUCUUGCUGAUCUCCUUGGUAACCAUUCUAGUUGUUGUACAAUGAUUCGAGUUAUGUAAGAUUAAAAUUCCAUAGUUUCCAUCUUUACUGACGCAUGGUUGUGAGAAAAUUGGUGUAGCUAUAGCUACUUUGUAGUUCAUCAACUUUAAUGAGAAGAAGUUUUGUCAUAGUUAUCUUUGCUUAAGAGACAAAACAGAGUAUGUCGGUAAGCCUCUGAUAAUGAUGCAUUCAUUGGUC